GAAAUUUGAAAUCCCACCCCACAGAGAGUCGUAAAAAUGGAGAAAUACACGAGCCUUGAAAUCAUCGACAACUCUCCCUCCCCCGUCUUCAUCCUCCGCCUAAACACCCCUCGCCGUAGUAAUGCCCUCUCAUCCCAAUUCUUUCAAGAAUUCCCAGCUGCCCUAUCCUCUCUCGACCAAAACCCUAACGUUGCCGUCAUCAUCUUAUCCGCCAAAGGCAAUAACUUCUGCGCCGGCUUCGAUCUCAAAGCCCUAGCCUCGCUUACCGCAGACAUCCACACUGGUUCAGACCCUGCUCGCUCUGCCGAAAGAUCCCGCCGCCACAUCAAGUUUAUGCAGGACGCCAUCAGUGCCAUCGAACACUGCCGGAAACCCGUCAUCGCCGCCGUACAAGGUGCUUGUAUUGGUGGAGGUGUUGAUAUGAUCACUGCCUGCGAUAUGAGGUUUUGCACGGAGGACGCCUACUUUUGCGUGAAGGAGGUUGAUUUGGCUAUCACAGCAGAUCUGGGAUCGCUCCAGAGGUUGCCGGGGAUUGUUGGGUAUGGUAACGCCAUGGACUUGGCUCUCACCGCACGCACUUUUUCUGGUUCGGAAGCAAAGGCGAUGGGACUUGUUUCCAAAACAUUUGGUUCCAAGGCAGAUAUGGAUGAAGGCGUUGGAGCUAUUGCGGAGGGGAUUGCUGCAAAAUCUGGAUUGGCGGUGAUAGGGACGAAAAGGGUGAUGAUAACAAGUAGAGAGAUGAGAUUGAAUGAAGGUUUGGAUUAUGUUGCUACUUGGAACUCUGCUCUGUUUUUAUCAAAUGAUUUAAAGGAGGUUGCAGCCGCACGCGCACAAAACAGAAAACCUUCCUUUUCCAAGCUCUGAUUCCUAUGUAUUUAUAUAUGUAUCUUGUUAUCUUACUAAGUCAUCGAAUGGGCUGCUUGUGUU